AUGUGUGGCAAUGUGGUGGAUGGGCAGGAGGAUAAUGGAAAUGUUAAAGGGAAGAAGAGGCCGAAUCCAAACUCAAUCAAUGAGUCAUUUAAAAAAGAAAUUAACGAUCAAACUAAAGGAACAACUUCAGACGUUCACAAAAAUAAGGAAAGUGACAGUGGGAGUAAUAACAGCACUUCAACGAAAAAGGAGAAAAACAAGAAAUCACAGUUUACAAAACCACUUCAAAAUGAGAGUGAAAAGGAAAGAGUGAGUAAAGAAAUUCAAGAAGACAAAAGUGGUGAAGAGGAGACGAAAGAGGCACAACCAAAAUGCAUCGAAAUUACUGUUGAGCCGGUUAUGACAUUUGAAGGGUUUGCUGUCUACUCCAGAGAGGAGAAAUUUAACGAGAAAAAGGUUCAAGAAAAGAAGUUAUUCAACCCUUUGACUGGCUCAUUUGAAACACUUAAGACAACCAUUUAUUAA